UCAUACAAAGAUUUGUUUUUCAUUUUAUUUUCAAAUUAAUUUAUUAUUUCAGUAAAUUUAAAUAAAUUAUAAAUGAAAUUUUAAGAGAAAAUUUAAUAUUUUAAAUAUCAAAUUAGAAUGGAGAAAUAUUGUCGAUUUUGUGCAGAAGAAAAGAGCAACCUUUCCAGUAUAUGUGAUAUCAACAAUGAAAUUUUAGACUGGCUUUUAACUAUAAUUAGGGUGGAAAAUGAUGAACUACCCCAAAAAAUUUGCUAUACGUGCCUGUGUAAUGUUGAAGAAAUUGGGUUUUUCUUUCAAAAGUGUGAAGAAUCGUACAAAAAUUUAAAGAAAAUAUAUUCAGAAAAUUGUGCUGCUGAAAAUUUUAAAGAAGAGGUCCUAGAGAGUUGUUCAGAUGAAUAUUUAGAAGAGGAAAUUCUAUCUGAAUUUGAUCACCAUGAUAUUAAUAAUAUCAGUAUGGAAAUAAAUAACGAGGAAAAUGACAUAUUUUCUGCCGAAUACGAGGACAGUUCAGAGAAAAAAGACGAAAAUAUUGAAAUGGAAGAAAAUAUAAUAGAAUCUAUUGCAGAAAAUUUUGAUAAAAAAUAUGAAUGUGAAUAUUGUCACGCUAGAUUUAGCAAUAGAAGUGAAAAAACUAAUCAUAAGAAAACACAUAACUUUUUUUGUACAGAAUGUGGUCGUAAUUUUACAACAAAAACUAAAUUUAGUUAUCAUUUAGCAAAUCAUAAGAAUCAAAGGAAUUUUAAAUGUAGACACUGUUCAAAAGCAUUUAAUCACAGAAGUGAUUUAACAAAUCAUUUAAGGUUUUCUCAUGCAGGAAGUGCAAGACCACGAAAAUAUCAUUGUGAGCUUUGCGAUAAAAAUUAUUGCACUCCAACUGAGUUAAAAAUUCAUUUAAGGUUUCAUCGAAAUGAAAGACCUUAUAAAUGCCAUUUGUGUGAUCAUGCAUAUGUUAUCAAAGGUCAUUUGCAACAACACUUAAAAAAACAUGCCGAUAUAAAAGACAAAAUUUGUGACCAACCUGGUUGUGGAAAAGCUUAUCGGGAUAUGUCAUCCUUAAAAAAGCAUUUGGAUAUACACAUUCCAGAUGCUCUUAAAAAGUAUACGUGUGAUGUUUGCGAUAGAAAAUUUUCAUUCUUCUACAUUUUAUCAGAUCACAGAAGGAAAGCUCAUAAAAAAAUUGCUGAAUUACGGCCCUUGAAAAAGAAUGAAGUUAUAAUAUAA